CCUGGGUACAGAUGUCACACAUGCACGUACAGACAUGUUACGUGGACUUGGCAUUUGCUGGUCAAAUACGUAUCUUAAUGCAGGCCAUCAAUGCAUGAAUAGUUGGCUUUCUUUUCCGUGCAUAUGGAUCAUCAGCUUCCAUGUGUAAGUUCGUUCUCCCGAAGUUAAAUCUUCAUGUGCCUGUCCCGCUUACUCCAUCCAGCAUUUCUACAUUUAAGCAGUUCUGAAUUAGACUCUUCUAAAAUGAAGAAAAGAACUACAAAUGCUUAGUGCUUUUGUUUGGGCUAUUAAGAUGUUUGCCUGGUUCUUAAUACUGAUAUAUCUACGCAGCAUUAGGAUGAUGUUGGUUAUAACAAUGAUCAAAAUUUCCUAGUCAUUGAUUGAUAAUCUUAAGGCCAGAGGAGAAAAUAAAUUGAUUAUGGUAAAACAUUAUUUUAUUUGAGGUGCAUAGUCUGCAUAACAAUUCUGCAUUGGCAGUACUUAUGCAACCUCAUUCACCAGCAUUAGUCCUCCAUGUCUUUCCAGCCAUUAACUAAUACUCGUGUUUACUGAAAAACCAGCUACAACUACGAAGAAGCCACCUUCACAUGCAUGCAACAGCUGCAGAGCAAGGAGACAGUGAAGAACAAUGCGACAAGGUGGUGGUUUAAAAGGCAGUGCAGCACGGCGGACGGUGGGAGAACACAUGGCUUUGCCUUCCACACCUCCAACAAUGAGCUUUUCCACAAUGUUCCUCGUCCUCUUCUGGCUCUUCCCUUCUUCCCAGUCUCUGCACUACGACGCAAUCUUCAGCUUCGGCGACUCUCUCUCCGACACCGGCAACGUCCAGGUCGCCGGCCUGCCCUACGGCAUGACCUUCUUCGGCCGCCCCACCGGCCGCUGCUCCAAUGGCCGCCUGGUCAUCGACUUCAUUGCUGAGGCAGUGGGGCUGCCAUUGCUUCCGGCGUCGACGACGAAGGGCAACAGCUUCCGGCAAGGUGCCAAUUUCGCCUACACGGCCGCCACGGCCCUCGAUUUCGACUUCUUCAACCGCCGAGGACUAGGAGGCAAACUCUGGGUCAAUGCCUCCUUGAGCAGCCAGAUCGGGUGGUUCGAGAAGACGAUGCCUUCACUCUGCAGUUCAACCUCAGCUUGCAAGAACUACUUCGGCAGGUCCCUUUUCGUGGUGGGGGAGUUUGGAGGCAAUGACUACAACACAGCAAUCUUCGCCGGCAGAAGCAUGGCAGAAGUGAAUUCCUACGUGCCCAUAGUCAUCCGUGCCAUUAGAUUGGGUGUCGAGAGAUUGGUUGGCCAUGGUGCGGUGGAUAUACUGGUACCAGGGAUGCUACCAAUUGGAUGCUUUCCCGUUUACUUAACAUUGUAUGGUAGCUCUAACAAAAAUGACUACACUGGCAUUGGAUGCCUGAGGAAGUACAACGAUUUGGCGAUGCACCACAAUGCGCUUCUCCGACGAGCGAUCUAUGGGCUUCAGAGAAAGCAUUCUGGGACGAGGAUCAGAUAUGCUGAUUACUAUAACCCGGCCCUUGGGUUUGCAGCUGAUCCAGCAAAAUAUGGAUUCACUGGUGGAGCUCUGAAGGCGUGCUGUGGGGCAACCGGAAGUGGGGAAUACAACAUCAAUCCGGACAAGGUGUGUGCUCAGCCAGGCUCGAGCGUGUGCGGGGAUCCCACGACUCAUGUGAGCUGGGAUGGCAGUCAUCUGACUGAAGCUGCGUAUCGCCUCAUCGCCCGUGGUUGGCUCGGAGGUCCCGACGCCAAACCUUCCAUCCUGUGACACCACCAUGAGCUGAGGUUAGAUGUUGUAUGAGCCAACUAAAGAACCUUAUGAACCUACACCGCCACAAUAAGUGCUGCUACUGUUACAUCCCUCAUGCCAAUAAGGUCGAGUUGGUUUUA